AUUUUGGACGCUGGAGAGCGACGGAGAGAGCGAGAGGUCGGAGGGAGGAAGACGGGAGCAUUCGCUGCGCGACGGGGGCCGGUCACCGUCUUUCCUCCUGACACCCCCAACCCGCGGGGGCGGCCGUAAAAUACAACGAGAGAGGGAGGGAAGAGAAAAAAAAAAUGCUGUCCCGCGCCGCCGCACUCGCUUCCGUGUCUGCUCUGAAGUCAGCGGCACCUGUCAGUGUUUUGCCAGUGUUCAGGAACCUCCACACCAGUCACCAGUCUAAGGCACCUGUACCAGCACUUCCUGAGAAAGGAGGCAAAGUGCGCUAUGGGUUCGUUCCAGAGGAAUUCUUCCAGUUCUUGUACCCCAAGACUGGAGUAACCGGUCCUUAUAUGUUUGGCACUGGACUCCUGGUGUACCUUCUCUCAAAAGAAAUCUACGUCCUUAACUAUGAGACAAUAUCAGGUCUAUCCGUUGGCAUUGUCAUCCUCUAUGCAAUUAAAACAUAUGGAAAGACUGUAGCAGAAUUUGCUGACAAACUGAAUAUGGCGAAAGUUGCAGAAAUUCAAGAGGUGAAGGAUGCGACCAUGAAUAACCUGAUGCAAUCCAUCGACAAUGAGAAAAAAGAGCAGUGGCGAGUCGAAGGCCGUAAUUACCUGUUUGACGCAAAGCGGAACAAUGUCACCAUGUUGCUGGAAGCCAACUACCGGGAACGGAUCCACCAGGUACACACCGGAGUGAAGAAACGCAUGGAUUACCAAAUCGGUUUGCAGCACCUGAAGCAAAGACUUGAACAAGAGUAUAUGGUGAACUGGGUGGAGAAAAGCAUAAUUCAGAGCCUGACCCCGCAACAGGAUAAAGAGAGCAUUGCAAAGUGCAUCUCUGACCUUAAAGCACUGUCCAAGACUGCUCAGGCGAGGGUCUGACUCUGAACUCUGAACAUUUGCUACCUUUGGGCAGCCUGACGGAAGAAAUGUUUCGCUUUGGACUGAAUAAUAACUAUCUAAUUUCCCCAACAACAAACUGGUGAAUGAAAUGUUUCUGUAUACCAGAAGAAAAAAAUAUUAAAUACUGUGCUAAUAGACUU